AUGCAUCCAUUCACCUUCACUAUACUCUAUCUUCUCGUUGAUCUAAGUUACUCUUAUCCAGAUGAUGUCGUCUGCUAUAGGAAAUGGUAUUUUAACAGUCCACGACCGGCACCAAGGUCAGUUUGUUGGCUUAAAUUCAGAGGCAGAGACUUGUUGAUUUGUUAUUUUUCAUGGAAUACAUUCGAGGUACUUGGGAGGAAAAAGAUUACUAGUCAUGGAAAACCUUCGAGGUAG